CUGCAAAGACCUGCCACCACUGAUCCGAAAGGGAAGGAAACACCCCUGGAGACACCAUGCGUGAGUGCAUCUCCAUUCAUGUUGGCCAGGCUGGAGUUCAGAUAGGAAACGCUUGCUGGGAACUCUUUUGCCUGGAGCAUGGCAUUCAGCCAGAUGGCACCUUCAAGGAUAUGCAAAAUAACCUCAGUGACGACUCUUUUACCACAUUUUUCAAUGAAACAGUCAAUGGGAAGCAUGUGCCACGAGCUGUAAUGGUGGACUUGGAACCAACUGUAGUAGAUGAAGUGCGGACUGGCACCUUCAAGGAACUUUUUCAUCCAGAACAGCUGAUCACUGGAAAGGAAGAUGCAGCUAAUAACUAUGCCCGCGGCCACUACACCAUUGGCAAAGAACACAUUGAUAUGGUGCUUGAUUGUGUCCGUAAGCUGGCUGAUGCCUGUUCUGGGCUGCAAGGAUUCCUCAUCUUCCACAGCUUUGGUGGGGGUACCGGCUCUGGCUUUACCUCCUUACUGAUGGAACGCCUCUCUGUGGAUUAUGGAAAGAAGUCCAAACUGGAGUUUGCCAUCUACCCAGCCCCUCAGGUGUCCACUGCUGUGGUCGAGCCCUACAAUUCUAUCCUGACCACACACACCACCCUUGAGCAUUCAGACUGUGCCUUCAUGGUGGAUAAUGAGGCCAUCUAUGACAUCUGCCAACGAAAUCUAGGCAUCGAGCGCCCCACUUACACUAACCUCAACCGCCUCAUUAGCCAGAUCGUCUCCUCCAUCACCGCCUCGCUGCGCUUUGAUGGUGCCCUCAAUGUGGAUCUCACGGAGUUCCAGACAAACCUGGUGCCUUACCCACGCAUCCACUUUCCCUUGGUGACCUACGCCCCCAUCCUCUCCCCUGACAGGGCAUAUCACGAGCAGCUCUCAGUGGCUGAAAUCACCAGCUCCUGCUUUGAGCCCAACAACCAGAUGGUGAAGUGUGACCCAAGACAUGGGAAGUACAUGGCCUGCUGCAUGCUCUAUCGUGGUGACGUAGUUCCCAAAGAAGUCAACGUAGCAAUUGCUGCCAUCAAGACCAAGAGAAGUGUCCAGUUUGUUGACUGGUGUCCAACAGGUUUCAAGGUUGGGAUCAACUAUCAGCCUCCUACAGUAGUUCCUGGGGGAGACCUAGCUCAAGUUCAGCGAGCAGUAUGCAUGCUGAGUAACACCACGGCCAUUGCAGAGGCUUGGGCGCGGCUUGACCACAAGUUUGACCUGAUGUACGCCAAGAGAGCUUUUGUGCACUGGUAUGUGGGUGAAGGCAUGGAGGAGGGAGAGUUUGCAGAGGCCCGAGAAGACCUGGCUGCCCUGGAGAAGGACUAUGAAGAAGUUGGAACUGACUCAUUUGAAGAAGAAAAUGAUGGGGAGGAAUUUUAAAAUACACUUUGUUCCU